UCCGAGCUCCAGGCCCAUGGGUCCCGGCACAGCGCUCCAGCAGGCAACAUGGCUGUCCUUGGAGUGCAGCUGGUGGUGACGUUGCUCACCGCCACCCUCAUGCAUAGGCUUGCGCCUCACUGCUCCUUCGCGCGCUGGCUGCUCUGCAAUGGCAGUCUCUUCCGAUACAAGCACCCUUCCGAGGAAGAGCUUCGGGCCCUGGCGGGGAAGCAGAGGCCCAGAGGCAGGAAGGAGCGGUGGGCCAAUGGCUAUAGUGAGGAGAAGCCGUUAUCCGUGCCCCGUGACACCGCUUUCCAGCUAGAGACCUGUCCCCUCACAGCCGUUGAUGCCCUCGUCCUGCGCUUCUUCCUGGAGUACCAGUGGUUUGUGGACUUCGCGGUAUACUCGGGUGGCGUGUACCUCUUCACAGAGGCCUACUACUAUGUGCUGGGCCCGGCCAAGGAGACCAACAUCGCUGUGUUCUGGUGCCUGCUCACCAUCGCCUUCUCUAUCAAGGUGUUCCUGACCGUGACCCGGCUGUACUUCAGUGCAGAGGAGGGGGGCGAGCGCUCAGUCUGCCUCACCUUCGCCUUCCUCUUCCUCCUCCUGGCCAUGUUGGUGCAGGUGGUGCCGGAGGAGACCCUUGAGCUGGGCCUGGAGCCAGGCCUGGCCAGUAUGACCCAGAACUUGGAGCCACUUCUGAAGACACAGGGCUGGGACUGGGCUCUUCCUUUGGUCAAGCUGGCCAUCCGCGUGGGGCUGGCGGCAGUGGGCUCCAUGCUGGGUGCCUUCCUCACCUUCCCAGGCCUGCGGCUGGCCCAGACCCACCAUGAUGCACUGACCAUGUCGGAAGACCGGCCCAUGCUGCAGUUCCUUCUGCACACCAGCUUCCUGUCCCCCCUGUUUGUCCUGUGGCUCUGGACCAAGCCCAUGGCGCGGGACUUCCUGCACCAGGCUCCCUUUGGAAGCACGUCCUUUUCUCUGCUGUCCGACUCGGCCUUCGACUCGCUGCGUCUCUGGAUGCUGGUGGCACUGUGCCUGCUGCGGCUGGCGGUGACCCGGCCCCACCUGCAGGCCUACCUGUGCCUGGCCAAGGCUCGAGUGGAGCAGCUGCGGCGGGAGGCCGGCCGCAUCGAGGCCCGAGAGAUCCAACGGCGGGUACCGGCGCGGGCGGGGAGGGAACCUGGGCCUCAGGGCGGGGUUCCCUGUCCCUCAGGCGUGGGGUUACCCGGAGCACGAAGGUCCCCUGCUGCAGCCACUGCUACCUGUCCACUAGGUGGUGCGGGUGUACUGCUACGUGACAGUUGUAAGCCUGCAGUACCUGACUCCGCUCAUCCUCACACUCAACUGCACGCUGCUGCUCAAGACGCUGGGCGGCUACUCUUGGGGCCUGGGUCCCGUCCCCCCGCUGUCCCCCACCCCGUCCUCAGCCCUCGAUGGCCCGGUCGGCCCCGAGGAGGACGAGGCCCGGCAGACCGUGGCCCUGAUCGCCGGGGUCCUGGGCAGCCUGCUCACGCCACUCUUCCUCCGCGGCGUCCUCGCCUUCCUCAUCUGGUGGAUCGCCACCUGCCAACUGCUCUCCAGCCUCUUCGGCCUGUACUUCCACCAGCAUCUGGCGGGCUCCUAGCCCGCCUGCAGACACUCCUGCAGCCCCAAGGUCUGGUCCUGGGCCAGCGGGGCGCGGGCCACCCCCUCAGUGUCCCCAGGUGCAAUGUGGUCCUGGGAGUCCCAGAUGCGUCCGCUGUGCCAGUCCCCUUCACUGCAUGCCUGAGCCGUGGCCACGCCUUGGACCCUGAGCUUCUGCCUAGAAACUGAUUCCCCAGGCCCAGCGGCAGAGGGUCCCACGGCCAGCCAUUGUUCCCAGAUUGCAUGUGCCCAGUUUGACUGCAGUGGGGGUGGGCGUGGGGGUG